AGGUUCAGAUGGAUGGCAGUGCAGCUGCUGGGCUGACACGUAACUGAAGUUAAAGGUGCUCAAAAGGCCUCGACAGGGACUUGAGCAUAGACUUUUACAUGUAUGUAGUUAUCACGUUCUGCGGCGGAAAGAGAAAAGUCUGCCAGCGGGACACGAAAAGGAGGAAGAAGCGGAGUGCGUCGGUGUUCGGUGCGUUUGAGCAGGACUUUAAACUGAAGUAAAUCUGAGCGGCGACUUUGAAGUAACAGGAGAGAGCAGAGGGAAAGUGGCUUCGGUAAAAUAAUGUCAACCUCAUGUAAAUCUUCGCAUAUAAGUCGUUUUCUCUUCGUGGAAAUGCUCGGGGAGUGAGGGGCAGCGGGCUUCCUCAGUCUUCACCGAGGGGGUAGAAAACUUGAGUCGGAACUUUCCAACGGCAGAGACGGGGCUUCCUCGCGCAGACGGAGGGGAGGGGUGCGGGUCCAACAUGGGAAACGGGGUGUGCUCCCGGAGACAGCGGAGGAUCUUCCAGUGUCUCCUGCUGGUCACGGUGGUGUGCGGGAUGAUGUACGGGGGCAUGAUAUCCUAUGAGAUGCACAAACAGCUGAAGAGGACCGAGGCGAUGGCUCUGAAGUACCAGCAACAUCAGGAGUCACUGUCGGCGCAGCUCCAAGUGGUAUAUGAGCAUCGCUCCAGGUUGGAAAAGUCUCUUCAGAAGGAAAGGUUAGAACAUAAAAAAGCCAAAGAAGAUUAUCUGGUUUAUAAACUUGAAGCACAACAGUCAAUGAACAAGGAGAAGCAAGACUCCAACAGCAGAUUCAAUUCUCUACAAGUGCAACACCAGAUGCUGAAGAACCAGCACGAGGACCUGAAGAAGCAGUAUUACGAUCUGCAGGAGAAGCACCAAAUGGAGGGUGAGGACCAUAGCCGGCUCCUGGAUGAACACAGGGAGCGCUAUGACAAACUGCACCAAGCCAAAGAAGUGGAAAUCUCCCAACUUAAAGAAAAUGCAUAUAACCUAAGAGAGGAAAAUAAACAACUGAGGAAAGCUCACCAUGACAUUCACACACAGCUGCAAGAUGCACAGAUUCAGCAUCAGGACCUGAAGGCAGCCCACGACCACCUCGCACUUACACUAGAAGACCACAAGAGUGCGCUGGCUGCAGCUCAGCUCCAAGUUGAUGAGUACAAGAAGCUCAAAGAGUCCAUGGACAGGAUGCAGAGUCAGAGACAGCCUGAGCAGAACGCUGCUGCCCAUCAGCAGGCAGCGGUCGUCACACAUGAAACCCAUGAACACCCGCCUUUGACACACAAAGAAGAGCAUGUCGAUGAAGAUCACCAUGACACAGAGUCCAGGUUGGAGCACCAAAUGGAGGAGGUUCACGCCCACACUGAGGUCAAGUCGCACCCCACCACGUCAGACAAAGAAGAGGACAGAGAAGGAGAGGCAGAGAGGAGGAGGGAGCUUGCAGAGGAGGAGAUGGCGCAGGCGGGACAACCCCAGAAGCUGGAGGAGGAGGAUCCAGAUCAACAACAGGAUGAGCAGCAGCAAGAGGAGGAGGAGGAGCCAGAGCAGGAACAGCCAGACAAGAAUGCCUUGGACCACCAGAGACAUCAGCCUCAACAGAGUCCCCAUUUGGACGCCCAGCUGCUACAUGCGGGACAUGCCCAGGUGGAGCGAGUGAAGUCCGCCUAUGAGCAGCAGCAGGAGCAGCAGCGCUUGGAGGCUCAAAGGGCUGAGGAGCGCAAACACAUCCAGAUGCGACAGGGGGCUCUGCAAGCCGAGAGAGAGAGGAUACUGAAGGAGAGGGAGCAGAAGCUAAGGGAGGAGAAGGAGAGGGAGGAGCAACAGCACAGGGAGGCCGACAGACGGGAGCAGCUGCUGAGAGAGGAGCACCAAAGGAAAAGGUCUGAAUAUGAGAACAUGGACAGUGAUAUCGUCCAAGGAGAAGAGGACCAUCACAAUGACGAUGAAGAAGCAGAGAGAGAUGAUCAUAUGUUACAUGAAGAUGAGGAGCAAGAAGGGGAUCACAGAGUCCCACCACAUCAGCAGGCUGCAUUAGACGGAGAACCGGACCCUGAGGAUGACCCCAACAACCAGGGAGAGGAUGAGUUUGAGGAGGCUGAAGAUGAGCAGGUGCAUCACAGGGUCGCUGAGGAGGUGGUGGAGGAGGAAGAAGAGCCAGCAGGACACGCCCAGCACAUAGAUACACACCAAGGACCCGAACAGCCUGCUGUGGAGGAGGAACUAGUGAUGGCUGGAAACCCCGACCAACAGGAAGACACACUGGACGACCAGUACCAGGAGGAAGGAGAGGAUGAGGCCCAGGAGGACAUAGCCGGUGGGCAGAAGAGACAGGAGGAGGAGGAGGUGGAGGAGGAAGGAGAAGAUCCAUAUAAUGAGGAGAACAUAGAUCAGGAUGAAGAAAAAAAUGAGGAAGGCCCAAGAAAAGAGCAGGAUCACAGGAAUAAUGAGGAAGAAAAUUAUGAAGAGGAGGUAGAGGAGGAUACUGCUGGUCAAGACAGACGAACCAAUCGGAGAGCGGAGAUGUAGCAGAAGUGGACGUUGACCAGUUACAGUGCCUUUCCGGCUGCCCAUGAAGCCUAUCAGGUCCUUCUUUUUUCCUUGUUUCCCAAAGGAAUAAAAUCAGCCAUCCACUCAGAAUUCUACGUAGGAAAACUGGGGUAUUUCUGCCCGAAGAUGGGAGACUUUUACCAAACACUGGGGGUUGGGACUGAUCUGCGUACACUGUGGAAAUGGACAGAAUUUAUACAGAGAAAAUAGGAUCUAUAUAUAUUGUAAUGUGUUUAAUUAAUUUGCUUUUCUGUCUCCACGCACGUCUGCCUGAUAGCUUGUCUGGUUCAGUUUUCCAAAACGCAGACAGGCAGCGAAUGUAUUUCUAUUUUUUGUUGUCUUUGAGUAUUUGUUUGAAAAAAAAAAAAAAAAAGAAAACAAGCAAAGAUAAAUUAUGUUAGCCUCACGUUGUCCUAAUGUUUCAGUCUGACUUUUGUUUUCUACGUAGUGCUCGACUUUAACUUAAAUCGUGCAUUCCAAUCAAUCAAGUCUUUUAUCUUAUUUAUUGUUGAUUGUUACAACUCUGACAAUCGGAAAAGGUGCAACACUAAUCUUUCUCAUGACUUGAAGUAGUUUGUGUCAUCAUGACUUUUUAGUUUUUUUUUUUAACUUUUUAAAGUAUGCACCAUUCUCACUGGAUAUUUCUGGAAAUGCCAAUCAGAAAAUGUGUGGCAAAGCCGUUCUGUGUGAGAGUCUGCCUGACAUUUCAUUCUAUUUUCAGAAACCUCCUCUGGGUCGUAGUCCUUUCAGUUCAUUUCAAUAGAACAGAGUAAGUCUGUUAAGUGCUGAGCCUCUUGCAUAUUGCUAAGUAAGUACUAUAAGUGUAGCCUUAAAUGGAGGCCGGUCACAGGUCUGCUUGUGUGAAUUAAAUUCACAAAACCUAAUGCAAUUUUCUGCCAACCUCUGUAGUCUACUGUACAAUGUAUAGUAAAAGAAAUGCUGAAAAUAUGUACAUUUUUCCAACAGUUAUAUUUGAUACAAAAGAAGUGGGAUUUCAUUUGCGUUGAACCAUGUUUGUUACUGGAAUUGUGUGUGUAAUAAAGGUGAGGAAGGAUA